AUGCCAAGCAUGAUACAGAGGAUAAUCACCAAACCAGUUUUCCCCCUACUACGACAUUCCAGAAAUGUGUCGUCGUCUACCAAAAAUGUACCUAAAUAUAGAAGCAAACCAAGGGACUCAUUUGAAGAUUUAUUCAUCUACAAGACCCUAUCAUCAUCGAAAUCACAAGAGAAUGAACUAAUAAAAUGCACAAUCUUCAACUCUCAUGGAGACAUGACACACCAUGGGAAAGAUGUCCCGAAAUCACAGUUUAUGAGACAAUACAAUUUGGUGUCGCGUGAUUUUAGAAAGCUAUCGAAACAUUCAGCUACUCCUCUGGGGUUGGGGGCCAAAUCACCAUCUUCCGCCAUGCAUAAUAUCGAACUUGUCCCCAGUUUAGUUACUCGAAAGAAUUGCAUCAUGCUUAACUUGCUCAAUAUUCGUGCUCUUAUCCAAAAGGAUCAAGUGACUUUGUUCGACUCGUAUUCGUCGACUUAUUCAAUCAAGAGUGAAAGCCAUUCACAACUGCAACUCCUCAAACUAAUGGAAAAUAAACUCAAAGAAAACAUAUCAUCAACUCACCAAGAGACGGAGUUUUACGAGUUUCGUGCCCUCGAAGCCAUCUUGAUCCACGUAAUAUCCAAUUUAACGACAGAAAUGAAGGUUCAUAAGACGAUACUAACAAAUGUACUAUCAGGACUCGAUGAAAGCAUCGAACGGUACAAGUUGCGGUAUCUACUCAUCCAGUCAAAGAAACUAGCCCAGUUUCAACAAAAGGCAACCUUGAUACGAGACCUACUAGAAGAUUUACUAGAGAGGGACGAUGAAUUGAAUGAUAUGUACUUGACCGACCCCAGAUCGGGAACCAACCAUCCUGAGAUUGAAAUGUUGUUGGAAUCGUAUUACAAAACGGCUGAUGAAAUUGUUCAAACGGUGGAAAACUUGCGAUCACAAAUUAAAACCACCGAAGAGAUUAUUAAUAUUGUUUUGGAUUCAAAUCGAAAUGAAUUGAUGUUGUUGGGAUUGAAGUUUUCAACUGGGUUGUUGUCUAUGGGGGUGGCGUUGUAUCUUGCGGCAUUGUAUGGAAUGAAUUUGGAAAACUUCAUAGAAGAGUCUGACGGAGGGUUUGAAUUUGUGAUUGUGGUAUCUAGUAUUGCUCUUGCGGUGUUGCUUUAUGCUAGUGUAAAGAGGAUAAAGAAGGUUGAAAAGAUUACCAUGAUGAACUUUAAAGGUCAAAGGAGAUAG